GCCUCGCUGCCUUGACCCGUGACCGUGAGAGAUAGCUAGCUAGCUCCAUCAGGAAAGCACCGCCCGCGCGAGGAGAGGAAGAGGAAGAGCGACAAGCAUCAAUGGCUGGUGGCGAUCAGCCUGCGCUGAGGCAGGUGCUCAUGGUGGCCAAGGCCUGCUUCAUCUUCGGCUUGUUGGCGGCCGUGAUCGGGCUCGUUGCCGCCACCAGCAACCCGGGAGACUUCCAGUUCCACGCCCAGUCGCAGAUCGGGCACGCGGCCGCGGCCACGGAGGCGGAGGCGCUACGCCUGCGCACGAAGGCGCUCACCCUGGUGCUCCUCAGAGUGGCUCAGGCGAUGACCGCCGCGGCGGCUGUCGUGGCCCUGGCGGGGGGCUCCCUCACAUUUCUGGGCCGUUGCAUCGUCGCCAGCGGGCUCAUCGUCGCCGCCACCAAUACCUACCUUCUCUGCAGAGUCGUCUACAUGCUGGCAGUCGUCGCCGGCGGGCCAAGCGCCGGCGGGCAGGUCCUCGACGUCUGGACCCAUAUCUCCAUCGCCGCCUCCUUCUUCUCCUUCUUCUGCGCCAGCCUCACUGCCAUCCUCUGCGCCUAACCUCGCCGGUCGUCACCUUUAGCGUAAAUAAGCUAAGAUAAGCUAGGAGCCACCUCUGGCCUAGCUUAAGUUUGCCAGCUCGCAGCAUCUAUCUUGUUCAUGGCUCGCAGCAUCUGGCCUACUUGCCUAGUGAUUAUAAUUGGCAUAAUUACUAGUACUUCCCCGCAAAAAAAAUAAAAAAAAUUACUAGUACUAGUAUUAUUAGUGUGAUGAUUGUGAUGGGCUUGAUUAUCGAAACGCGCGUGUGUCUGUGAUGUGUUCUGUCUGAAGACUGGAAUGUGUGUUGCACAUUUCAUUGUGUGUUCUUAUCUCUUUUCUUAACGGGCUAGUUCCCCAACUUCUCUCA